UGCGUAAUUCGUUGACAUGCGACGAGAGGAGUCGACUGAGGCGACGACGCCAUUGACGCGAGAUGGGGACGUCAUGCGCCGCACGUUUGGGGAAAAGAAGAAACCGACGCGGUUCAUCGUCACGGACGCUCCUGACGACCCUGAAGUCUUGUUCAGUCCGAGAAACGUCGGGCGUCAUGGGGCAUCGAGCAUCAUCGGCGAACAUUUGGAUCCGUCGGUGCCUUCACGGGCUCAGCAAGGAACGCAACACGUGAGAAUACGUCAAGGAAAGAUGGAGCAAAAAGGGCGCUUCACGAUCAUCGACUUGCUGCCUUCAUCCCCGAAGUCCGAUUGCGACUCCCACUUUGACGUGGCUCAGUUCAACUACGCGUUGAGCGGGAACGAAGGAAUCCCGCCCGGCUUUGACGGGUCGACGGUGGUGUCGUACUCGAGAUGUCAGGCGAAGUACUCGUCCGAGAGCGUGAUGGUUGACAUGUCCGUUCAGUACGACCCUCGCAGCAACGUUCCUCUGGACCGUGGUCACUUCCACUCAAGCCGACACUUCACGCGCGACACGUGCCCUACACAGCACGACGAAUGGGUCACAGCCCUGGAUGGGACUCCCGUAACGCAAUUCCCGUCGCGGCACUCCCGCUUCUUCCAUCCAGUAGAGCCCACGUAUUACGCCGACGCGUUGAGUGGGCACUGGGAUGCCCCUUCCAGCAAGGACACUUUGUCCGAGGGGUUACUGAGUCAACUCAUUGGUCAGGCUUCCGAGAACCAACGGCUGCUCGAAGACAUGGUGCUGCAGAACGACUCGAUCCUCCGCGAGUUUGAAAAGAUGAAUCGGCCUCUCCAAGAACCCCCUUCCACUGGUUCGCUGGAUCAUCAUCCCUCUGAACGUAAUAGCCAGGACGACGACGAAGCAGCCGCCUCCGUCCCAGUCUUCCGUUUCGAUGCACGGUCGGCGCCAGGCGACUCUCAUGGCCGCAGUCCGUCCCCAAAGAACGCGUACGUUGUCACCAGCCCCCGACAAGACAUGCGUCCAGAGUUUCAUUUCUCGUCCCAACACAGUUCCGUUGCAUCAAGCACUGCGCCGUCGUCCGACAUCGAAUGCGAUAGUGACGCUUCUCCGUCGAUCCAAGCCAGCCGCCCGCUUCCCCACGUAUCUCUGUCAAAGCCGAACAACAACAACUCGACCAUUUGCAUUUCGACAGCGCAAGUCGUCCACGGGCCGUCAGACCCGUUGACCGCAGACGACGAACCUCCCGCCCGCUUCCUCACACCGGGCUCGGAAGCCCUGGAGGACAUGAUGAUUUCACAAGCGCUGCACCUCAUGAGCAGCUUCUCCGUCGAGGCCAACCAGACCGCCAUGCAUUCAACGGCAGCCACCCCCCCGCCGCCGCCGCCGCCAACUUUUGCCGGCGGAGGCGUCAUUCAGCAAUACAACAGCUUUCGACCAAUGUACCACACAACCGCCAACCCCCCAGUGAUGACGGGAGCCGCGUCGAAUUGGAAUACCCACGUCAACACUACGAAAACUACGACGUUGUUCCCUGGCGCUGCCACGUAUAAGCAGCCAAAUUCGUCUGGGUCGAUUCAAAGCCACUUGACGGCGCCCCACCAGUACCUUCACAUUUCCCAAUCGAUCACCACCACCACCAACGGUCUUGGCAACGUCUACACCACGAAGGAGAACAACUCGUUGGACGUGUUCCAGUGCUUGGACCCCCUUUGUCAACCCAGUUCUGCAGCUCCUUCACUCGGCCACGCUGGAUCGUUCACCAAUGUGCCCCCAAGCAAUCAACACACGACGCCAUUCCUUCGCCCAUCCGCUCCAUCCAAGGCGCCCAUGGAAGAGUCCCCCCUGUUUCCAUUCCUGUGAUAUCAAAGCCACCAGUUAAGUUAUUAUGAACAGCCGUAACGUUAUGCGUGUCAUGUCGAUGCUGCCGUUGGGAGAUCGUCGAUGUCUUGCAAUGUUGUUACAUG